UAUAGCUAGUCUUCCCCGAUCGCUCCGCCGAGUCAUUGCGGCGAGGCAAAAGCCAAACACAUUAUACUACCGCCGAUUGUUUUUAAAGCGGUGUUCAUCCACCGAGAUAAACAUAUAAAAAGGCAUGCCAUUUGGGGGUCGUAACUUAGUCGUUACUUCAUAUUCCGCUGGUAUAGAACGUUUAAAAUGAAAAAAUUCACGGGAAUUGUGCUACUUUUUACCAUACUCCUGAGUAUGGAAGCUCCCAGUUGCGAUGGAGCUAAUAUAUUGGGAAUUUUCGGCUCCCAUAGCCCCUCGCAUGUUAUUGUGCACAUGGCUAUGAUGAAGACUUUGGCGGAUCGGGGUCACAACAUCACCGUGGUGACCCAAAUGAAACCCAAACUCAAGGCGCAUGAAAACAUCACCGUCGUCCUGGCGCCACCCACUCCCGAACGCGAAAAAUACAUUAAGGAAUAUAUGUCCCAAAUAACUGCCGAGAAACCAAGCAUUUGGACAACAUUUUUUAAGGCAAUAGUGAAGUCUGGUGACCAGUUUGAAGCGCAAUACGAGUUCGCAGUUCAUCCAAAUUUCAAGGAGAUCUACGAAAAUCCACAUACAAAAUUCGAUCUGGUAUUUCUGGGAAUGAUGGGCAAUGAUUUUCAACUGGGCGUGGCAGCAAAGCUAAAGUGUCCGGUGAUUAUGACAUGGGUGGGUGUUCCGAUCCAAAUACUAGAUUCCAUCGUGGGAAAUGUUGCCGAUCCGGCCUUUGUUCCUAGUUUGAAUGUGGCCCUGGAACCAGGACAAAUCACCAUGAGAUUUGGCCAACGAUUGCUAAACUUUUUUAAGCACUCAUUUCUGAAAUUAUUGAACGUCCUCAUGAACUACAAGAUGAAUGAGUUUUAUGAGCGAGCUUUUGGAAAUGAAUCCGAUCCUGAUUUUCCAACUUAUGCUGAAGUGAAACGACGUGUUUCCCUACUCUUCUACAACUAUCAUGCUCCCAGUGAAGGACCCAUUCGCCCUGUGGUUCCUCAGUCCAUUGAAAUCGGUGGAAUUCAGGUUAAGGAACAGCCAGAUCCUCUGCCCAAGGACAUAGCAGAGUUCCUGGGAAAUGCCACAGAUGGAGCCAUUUUCUUCAGUCUGGGCACUAACGUGGACACCAAUACCUUUAGUCCCAAAGUGUUUGAGAUUAUCUAUAAGGUUUUGUCCAAGCUGCCCCAGCGGGUAAUUUGGAAGUGGCAGGAUUUGAACAACAAGCCGGGCAAUGCUUCCAACAUUUACUUUGGCAACUGGCUGCCCCAGGACGAUAUCCUGGCGCAUCCCAAUACAAAACUAUUUAUUACCCAUGCGGGCAAAGGAGGCGUGGCGGAGUCACAGUUCCAUGGAGUUCCAAUGGUGGCAUUGCCACUUUUUGCUGAUCAGCAGGGAAAUGCUGAGAUCCUGACCACUGCCGGAUUUGGAAGAUGGCUGGAAAUUCUUACCCUGACAGAGGAUGAGCUGGAAUCGACUAUCAAGGAUGUGCUGGAGAACCCAACCUACCGAGAGGCUAUUGGAAAAUUCUCCUCCUUGUACAGGGAUCGUCCGCUUACAGCUCGUCAAUCAGUAAUUUAUUGGACGGAGUAUGUUCUGCGUCAUCAGGGAGCCUAUCAUCUCCAGAGUCCAGAAAUUCAUUUGGAUUUUGUAGCUCGAAACAACAUCGACGUGUAUGGAGUGGUUUUGUUAGUCAACUUGAUUUCUUUCCUCAUAUUUCUGGUCAUAGUGCGGUGGGUGUUUCGAAAGGUAUUGAAAUGCUUUACAAAAUCAAAUAAAUCAAAGACCGAUUAGAUAUAAUUCUUUGAAACACUAUAAGGAAAUAUUCUUACUUAAUAUACUCUCUGUACGACUGAUUUAUACUUAUAAUAAAACAAUGAACAAAGUUACAUAAACAACACUGA